AUGACGACAGAGACGAAUAGUCAGGGAUUUAUUGUCCGUCAGUACCUCGAUGUCACCAUGUUGUGUGUGUUCAAGCUGGCUUACAUCUUCUACAACCAUAACCUUCAUGAGGAGGUCAUCACCAUCUGCAAGGUCUUCUGUGAGAGGCUGCAGGCAGUAGAUGCCUACGCAUGUCCAAGCAUACCCUCAGAGAGGCUGUACAAAUGCUUCAGGCUGCAGGGGGCAAGCUACCACAAGCUGGAGCAAGCCCUGGUGUCUGUGGGGCAGUGGCUGGGCACACUGCAAGGCCGCAUCAGGGAGCUGCUGGCAGAGCCCAGCUCCCUCUGGGUCAGAGAAGGCUUGCAUAGGCAUAGCCUGGACGUGGAGACCUUGCUGACUGUUCUCUUUGUGGAGUUAAAAGCCUACAAGACAGUCUAAGCCGACACGGGGCAGGAACGCUACGACGUCCUCUGUGACCUGCUGGAGAUCUGCUCAUAGGAGAGCAGCCGCCUGCACAAGUGAGCUGUCAAGUUGACAGAGCUGGCCCAGGUCUUGUGCUACCACAGCUACACCCAGCAGACAGACUGUUCCUCCUCAGACACGGUCCAUGAAGCCUUGCAGUGGCUGGAGUUGGCUCUGCUCUGACUCUGCAUCUGCACCGUGGAGUCCAAGAUGGAGAAGAGCAUCAAGAGGGACCAGAGAGUUAAAGCACAGGGGCAGAACCUGGGUAACUUUGAGCGCAACAGCGUCAACUAUGAGGCCAGCCUGCUGGAGGACAGGUUCCUGUAUGACAGCAUCGCCUUCAACCUGGCCACGGAGACCACUCUGUCCAAGAGCCUGGAUGACGGCUUCGCCUUACAGAAGCGGGUCCUGACAACACAGGGCCAUGUCCUGGCUGUGCGUAGCCCCAAGCAAACUGUGGCCUCCUUGCACCUUCUGGCAGCUCUCUACAAGCUGCUGGCCAAGCCCUUGCAAGCCAUGGAGAGCUAUGUUUCCUGCCUGGGCAUGGCCAAUGCCCUGUGCCAGGUCACCAAGAUGCUCCUCCAGCUGGAGUCCUCCAGCUGUGCCCAGCUUUUCAUGAAGGAGACGGAGUCCUGCCUGCAGAAAGCUGACAGCAGAAAUGAUUCCUACCUUCUGCUGCAGCAAACCUGCCUCCUGCUCAGCAGCCAGCUGUGCUGUGUCAACCACCAGAUUGAGGAGGGUCUCACCCUGUUGCUGGAGGUUCUUCAGAACCUGCCUCUACAGAAAAUCAUGAAGGUCUGGUACCUGCUGCAAGCCCACAUCCUUCAGCUGGUGGCCGUUUACCUGAGCCUACCUCUGUCACGGUUUAAGCCCAGUCGGCAAUUGAGCACCACCAUGCCCCCCAAAAAGGAGGCUGGACAAAAGAAGGACUGA